UUGCCUAUUCCCUUUCGGCGCCAAGACAAAUGCAAACCCGAUGAAGAUCAGAUUUUUAAAAGACAGCGAGAGCGCAUCGCAAUUCUCCCGCCUCUUGGCGCUCUGCUACUUCCUCUUGAGGAAUCCCAGAUCAUAUUCAGAAAGGACUCCACAUCUCGCUGUGAUCUGAUCCGGUGAAGAUCUUGAGCUCCCGAAGGAGGAUGAAGAGAAAGAAGGACUCUCCAGAUGCAGCGACGACGUCCGCUUGUGUCGAUGACGGCGAUUCGUUGUCGGGGGCCGAAUUCGAGGUGUCCUUGAGUUUCAGAGGCCCCGACACCCACCUCAACUUCACCGAUUGUCUCUACCACUCCCUGGUCGGAGGUGGGAUUCGCAUCUUCAGAGAUGACGAAGAGAUCCGAAAGGGCGAAAAGAUUGGAGGCGAGCUUCUGCGUGCCAUCGAAUCCUCCAAAAUAUAUGUGCCCAUCUUCUCUAGGAACUAUGCAUCUAGUGUGUGGUGUCUUCGUGAGCUCACCCACAUGGUGGAGUGCUCGAGCAAAGCAAAUGACAAAGUGAUCCUACCCAUUUUUUGUGAUGUGAAUCCCCACGAUGUGAAACUCAAAACUCGAUUGUACCUCGACGCUCUGGAGAAGCAUGAGGAGAAGUUCAAGUGUGAUGAAGUUCUACAAUGGAAAGAGGCUCUGACCGAGGUCGCAAGAAUCAGGGGAUGGGGCACGAAGGACAAAGGCCAUGGUGAAAUCAUCAAAACUAUUGUUGAUGAGAUUUUGACCAAGCUGAUGAAAAGAAGCAGAAAUCUACCUGAUCAUUUAGUCGGGAUCCAUGAUCGUGUUGAAGCUAUCAUGGACAUGUUAAACGAAGGUUCUCGUGAUGUUCGCUACCUGAUCAUCCAUGGAAUGGGUGGUAUCGGUAAGACAACCCUCGCAAGUGCUGUCUUUAAUCAAAUCUCCAAUCAAUUUCAAGGUUGUAGCUUCCUUUCGGACAUUCGCGAAUCUGCGCAACAUGGUAGAAUUAUUGACUUACAAAAACAGUUGUUAUCAGAAAUUCUCCAAGUCAGAUCUCUAGAGAUCCACAAUUAUGUUGAUGUAGGGAUUAAAAUAAUAAGAGAAAGGUUUCGUGAUAAGAAAGUUCUUCUUGUUCUUGAUGACGUGGAUAAGUGGGAUCAACUCUCUAAACUAGCAGGAAAGAGCGAUUGGUUUGGUCCAGGAAGCAAAAUCAUCAUUACAACAAGGGACAUCAACUUUUUGCCAAUCAAAGAGGAGGAUGAAGAGAAUAGUUUCCAAGCACAUUCUGAAGAGUUUAAAAUCUAUGAAAUGACAGAAAUGGAUUCAUUCCAUGCUCUUCAGUUUUUUAGCAAACAUGCCUUCAGGAAGGAUUUGCCACCACAUGACUUUGAUGAUAUCUCACACAAAAUUAUUAUAAAGACAGGUGGACUUCCAUUAGCUCUCGAGGUUAUUGGUUCCUCACUUUGCUGCAAAAGCAAAAACUUUUGGAUAGACACAUUGAAGAAGUUAGAUUCUGUGCCGAAGCAAGAAGUCUUCAAUAAAUUAAAGAUUAGUUAUGACAUGUUAGAGCAUCGUCAAAGAGAGAUCUUUCUUGAUAUCGCAUGUUUCUUCAUUGGAAGAGAAAGACUCGACCCAUACUAUAUGUGGAAAGCUUCCAACUAUUUCCCAAAAAGUGAACUACUUGUCCUCACUCGUAUGUCUUUGAUAAAGAUAGUAGAAGAUGAUAGACUAUGGAUGCAUGAUCAACUUAGAGAUCUUGGAAGAGAAAUUGUUCAGCGCGAAGACGUCAAUUUUCCAGGGAAGCGUAGCAGGUUGUGGGAGUCCAAGAUUGCCUUUGACGUGGUUCGGAUGAAAGAGGGGACAGACAAAAUCGUAGCACUCAGAUUAACAAGACUCUACGAAGAGUACAGUUUUACAAGUGAAGACUUUUCAAAGCUGCCCAAUCUAAGAUACUUGGAAUUGGAGGGCGGGAACUUGGUAGGGAACUUUAAGAAUCUUCUCUCCAAGUUAACAUGGCUCUCUUGGUAUCGUUGCCCUUCGGAAUUAAAUGCGACGAAUUUGUUUCUCGAGAAGUUAACCGUGCUCAAGCUUUGUAAUAGUGACAUUACUGAAGAUUGGGCCGGAUGGGCGUCAUGCCUGGUGAGCAAGAACUUGAAAGUCAUAGAGAUCCGUUUUUGCCAGAGCUUAAAAAGGACUCCCGACUUUUCGAAAUGCUCGAAUUUGAAGAGAUUGGUUAUUAAUGAGUGUACAAACUUGCUCGUGGUUGAUGGCUCUCUCUCUAACCUAGAGAACCUGAAGCUCUUGCAAAUCAUCUCUUAUGAUACCCCAAAGAGGGAUGGUUGCGACCUUUUUUCAGUACCUUCUGUAUUAGGCAGUCUAAAAUCCUUGUCAAUGCUAGAAAUAAGGGGGAUGCAUGUUCGAGAACUUCAUCAUUCCAUUGGAGAGAUGACGUGUCUAGAAUAUUUGUCUUUAGAUACUUGUUCUUUGCUUAGAACACUUCCAGACUCCAUCGGAGAUCUUAAAAUGUUGAGGACGAUGAGCCUUUCUGAAACUCCGAUAAAGAAGCUACCAAACCCAAUAGGAGGAUUAGAGUCUUUGCUUGAGCUAUAUUUGAGUGGAACAAAAAUCAGAAAAUUACCUGCUACCAUUGGGAAUCUUAAAAAGUUGAGGAAGAUGAGUAUUUGUGAGGCUCCUAUAAAGAAGCUACCGAACCAAAUAGGAGGGCUGGAGUCUUUGCUUGAGCUGGAUUUGAGCAGAACUUGUAUCACAGAAUUACCUGCUUCUAUUGGAAACCUCAAACUGUUGGAGAUUUUAUGUCUAGACUUUAGUGCGAUUAGAGAGCUACCAAAGGCUACAUGGAUGCUAGAGAAUCUUAAAGUUUUGCAUGCGAGUUUCUGUGAAAAUCUAAAGGGAGAAAUUCCACAUGAAAUAGGGGGUCUAUCCUUUUUACUGAAGCUAAAGCUAACAAGGAGCAAGAUUAGGAGAUUGCCCACAACUAUGAAUAAGCUUUCUCAUCUCCAACAACUUCAUUUGGGUCAGUGUGAUGAACUCGAACAGUUGCCAGAGCUCCCUGUGAAUUUGAAGGAGUUAAACUUCUCAUCUCAUUUAUUGUGGACAGCCCUUGACCUCUCAUACCUAACUAACUUAGUUGAUCUUCAUAUACGGGGUGGCACUCCUAGGUUGUCAGAAUUCAAACAAGAAGCUCCAAAUAUAGAGUGGAUCGAAAGAUUAUCUUGUCUUGAGAGGUUGACACUUGUCGUUAGAGAUGUCACAUUUCCUCCGAUUAAUUUGGCUACUCUUUCUUUGCUUCAAAUUCUUGAGAUAACUUGUGUUGACCCGCGAUCUCUGGUGGGGAUUCCAUCCGGUCUUAAAGGAUUGACUCUACAUGAUGUGAAGUCACCCAUGGAAAAGUCACUCUUUUUAAACUUGACAAAUCUGUCUAGUUUGUGCCUUCAUAAUUGUCGGCUGAGGGAAGUCAAAUUGGAUGAUGUGCUUGGACAGCAACCGGAGAAACUCCGUCGUUUGGAUUUGACGGAAAACGCAAUGCUUGAGAGGCUUGUAAUUUCGAGAUUAGAGGGGCUCCAAGAGUUGAGUGUGACUAAUUGCCCUGGGCUAAAGGAGACUCAAGGUCUGGAGAAAUUGAAAUCAUUAGAGGUGUUGCAUAUUCGCGGGUGCAGUUCCUUAGAAUGGUUGCCUAAUUCAUCACAAUUUGAGAAGCUGCAGAGAUUGGAGUGCCCACGUUGUCCACCGGAAAAGAUGCCCGAUCUACAUUUUCCAGACCCGUAUGAAUUGUUCAUUGGAGGACGCCGUAUUUCAUACACCUUCUCUGGCCUUUGCAAAGUUCAACUCUGUCAUAAGCAUUUGUGCGAUGAGUCGGCCUUAGAUUAGUGGUUUGCUCCUAUUUUUGAAUGUAAAUCAAUGCAGAAUGGAAGUUCUAACCGUGGCGGCGGAGCACUGAGUCAAUUCAUGAGUGACAAUUGCAACGUUUCAUGCAAGCAUCAAACGAGCAACCCUCUAUACCUUGUGGACCCCAAGAAAUCCUGCUAGGAGAUUCUUUCGCUCUUCAACAUUGAGGGUUGAUGAUUGUGGGUUUUUUGAAUGGAUCGAUCCUGAUCUGACAAUGCAAGAGAAAUAAGUGAUUUGCCAAUUGAUGAAUAAUAAUGAGACAUUGAAGGAAAGGCUGCAAAAUGUGGAGAGUCAAUUGAACAAUGACUUCCAGAAUGAAAUUAUGAGAAUGCAAGCGAAGAAGAAGACAUACUUUAGUUAUACUUGUCUUGAUUGGAGCUUUGAUUGUGUGAAUGAUGAGUAAGGUUGAUAGGAGGGUGCAACAUUGCUUGCCGUAGAGCUUUAUUUUCUGAGAUUUUUUUUUUGCAGCUGUUGGUUCACUUGAACCGUAUUGGUCAGCCAUUGUAGAGCUGGCGUUGUGGAGAGGGAAAGAUGGGCUGUUUUUGUAAAUGUUACAUAGGCAGUACAAAUUGUUUAGUUCGUGCUGCUGGGAACAUGCUCCGCACCGCAUUGUCA